UGCCUUCCACAGCUAGUGGUAAGCAGAGAGAAGAUCAGAAGAGCAAGACGGUGCAGAUAGAGAAGUGAACAGUCAGUUUCCAACUUCGAAUGGCUCACGUAAUUCGGCCUCUGAUGCACGGCCCGCGAUGGCACCGCCACUCCUGCUCUCUCUCUACUCUCCACGAUCUCCUCCGCUCGAACUCACUCCUCGCCGCCGCCGAUAUUGCCACCCGGCGCCUCUCGUCCUCCGCCGUCCCGUCCUCCCGCCGGUACCUCCAUUUCCUUUCGCCAGCUCUCAAGCGACCAAACGCCGCCGUACCGUCCGAUUUGCGCGAGAGAAGUAGGGAAGAAUCGGAUUCCGACGCGAAGAAGAGCCGGAAUGAGAAGAAGCGCGAGGCUCAGCGCGCCGUCCGUUGGGGAAUGGACCUCGCUUCCUUCUCCACUCCUCAAAUCAAACGCAUUCUCAGAGUGGCAUCGCUUGAGCCAGAGGUGUUCGAAGCAAUCAUGCUAGUAAAGAAAUUAGGUCGUGAUGUCCGGGAAGGAAAGCGAAGGCAGUUCAAUUUAAUAGGUAGACUACUAAGGGAAGCAGAGCCUGAAUUGAUGGAUGAUCUGAUUCAGGCUACAAAAGAUGGUGACCAGCGUAAGUUUCAGGCUUUAUCUGGCCCAGAAACAUUGGUUGAAGAGGAUGAUGAAGUAAUAGAAGAAACGGAAGAUGAAGAUGAAGAUGAGGGUGCUCAUAGUUACGUUGACAGAGCAAACAGAUGGUUUGAUGGCCUGAUAAAUAAGGAUGUUGACAUUACAAAGGAAAUCUAUUCGGUUCAAGAUGUUGAUUUCGACCGUCAGGAACUGCGAAGACUUGUAAGGGAAGUGCAUAACGUGCAAGAAAAACUAGUCUCGUCAGAGAAGAAUGAUGGAGGAGUAGAUGCAGCCCUAAUUGGUGCCAAAAAGUCUCUCACGGGUUUUCUUCGGACCCUUUCAAAGCAAUUACCAAUAUUGUUAGAUACUUAGAGAUGGAGAAGGGGGGAAGGCUCGAACCCAGCCCAGAUGCGUGGAACUACAAAGGAGGUACCAACUGCACUCCACUCACAAUUGCAAUUAUCUUUUGAGUUUGAAAAUUGAAUUAAGAUGCAUGGUAGUUUGGCUAUUUACCAUGUACGAGGAUGAAGAAAGGGGACAAAGAAAAUCACUUCCAGUAUACAAA